AGAACAAUGAAUGGGCAAGUACUGAUGUUUGUCUCUCUCAUCGCCCUCGACGCAGUGUACGGCCAAGCCAGCUAUUCUAUACCAGAGGAAAUGAGCAGAGGAUCUUUAGUGGGCAAUAUAGCAAAAGAUUUAGGUUUAGAAAUACAGCGUUUGGUUUCUGGUAAGGCUAAGAUCUAUUCCAGGAACAAUGAAGAAUAUAUCGAGUUGAACCGAGAGAAAGGAGUCCUCCUCGUUAAAGAGAGGAUCGACAGAGAGGCUCUUUGCGCACACAACGCGCUUUGUGCGCUGCAUUUAGAAAUUAUUUUGGAGAAUCCAAUCGAAUUUUACAGUGUCACUGUGCAGAUAACAGACAUUAAUGACAAUGCGCCAAGCUUUGAAAAAAAUGAGAUGAAAUUUAAAAUAAGUGAGUCAGCAGCCAAUGGAGCGAAAUUUGUUUUGGAAAGGGCAGUAGAUCUUGAUGUUGGAAUUAACGACCUUCAAAAUUAUAUAUUAAAACCAACGGAUCAUUUUGCCCUAAAAUUGCAAAAUAACGCAGAUGGAAAUAAAAAUGUGGAAAUGGUUUUACAAAAGCCUUUAGACCGAGAAAAGGAGGAGCAAAUGUCUCUUGUGUUAACAGCUGUAGAUGGGGGAGAGCCGCGCAUGUCAGGAACGAUGUUGAUUCUUAUUACAGUGUUAGAUGCUAAUGAUAAUGCCCCCAUUUUUACACAAUCCACAUACAAAGCUACUGUUACUGAGAAUUCACCUUUAGGAACAAAUGUGGCCACUGUUUCUGCCUCUGAUGCAGAUGGAGAUUUAAACUCUAAAAUAUCGUAUUCAAUCACAAAUACACUAGACAAUGUCAGAAAUAUAUUUGUUGUAAAUAAAGAAAAUGGUCAGGUUUCAUUAAUUGGAAAUAUAGAUUUUGAAAAGUCAAAACAUUUUCAAAUCAAUUUACUCGCAAGUGACGAUGGGGGUCUCACAGAUUCUUGUAAAUUGAUUAUAGAUGUCCAAGAUAUAAAUGACAACAAACCUGAAAUAAACAUAAUGUCCAAAACAAAUACAAUACCUGAGGACGUAAAAGUAAACACUGUUGUUACUGUAAUAAAUAUAGAAGAUUUGGAUUCAGGAGAAAAUGGAAUUGUGGAAUGCUUUAUUAGUGAAAAUAUACCAUUCAUUUUGAAAAGCUCAAAAAAUAAUUUCUAUAGUUUAGUAACAGAUAGUGAAUUAGACAGAGAGAAGUCCGGCCAGUAUAAUAUCACAGUGCUGUGUUCUGAUGAAGGUGUGCCCUCUCUCUCCAGCAGUGUCACUCUCACUUUACACAUCUCAGAUGUAAAUGACAAUGCGCCUAUCUUUGAGAGGAGCUCAUAUGAGGCUAACAUUGUUGAAAACAAUACACCAGGGAUAUCUAUCUGCACAGUAAAAGCCAGUGACGCUGAUUGGAACCAGAACGCUCGUGUUUCUUAUAUCCUUGAGGACUCCUCUGUGAACGGAGUUCCAGUCUCCUCAUACGUGUCCGUUACUGCAGAGAGUGGAAUCAUCCACGCAGUUCGUUCUUUUGACUACGAACAACUCAAAGAAUUCCACUUCCGGGUCAGAGCUCAGGAUGGAGGCUCCCCUCCUCUGAGCAGCAACAUGAGUGUGGUAAUCGUGAUCCAGGACGCCAACGACAAUGGCCCUCAGGUCCUCUACCCUGUUCAGACAAGUGGCUCUGUGCUGGCGGAAAUGGUGCCUCGUUCGGCAGAUGUGGGCUAUCUAGUUACUAAAGUGGUGGCUGUGGAUGUGGACUCUGGACAGAACGCCUGGCUCUCGUAUAAAGUGCAGAGAGCCACAGACAGGGCGCUGUUUGAAGUGGGCCUCCACAAUGGUGAAGUGAGAACUGUCCGCCAAGUGACAGAUAAAGAUGCAGUAAAACAAAGACUGACUGUUGUCGUGGAGGACAACGGGCAGCCCUCUCGUUCAGCCACAGUCAUUGUUAAUGUGGCAGUGGCGGACAGCUUCCCUGAAGUGCUGUCAGAGUUCACGGACUUUAACUUGCAUGACAAGGAAUACAACGACAAGCUGACUUUUUACUUAGUCUUGGCUUUGGCUGUGGUCUCGUUCCUCUUCAUCACCUGCUUGUUGCUUAUCAUUUCAGUCAAAGUUUACAGAUGGAGACAGUCUCGCAUUCUUUACCACUCCAACCUACCCGUCAUUCCGUAUUAUCCGCCACGUUAUUCGGAUACUUUAGGGACGGGAACGCUCCCGCAUGUGUACAAUUAUGAAGUGUGCAGGACCACUGACUCCAGGAAAAGUGACUGUAAAUUGGAUAGAACUGCUAGUCACAAUUUGCUGGUGAUGGACCCUACCCUGACGAGGACCAUGCCGAUGAGACAAAGUGAAAAGAAUAUUCUGGAUGAGCCUGAUUCUCCCAUAGAGGUUAGUUUUAACAUUUUGAUUUUUGUUGCAAAAUGGACUCAUAGGGACGCUGUUGACCAGAAGGUUGAUGAUUGGGAGCAGGAUUGGAGAAUAUAG